AGCACCGCCACCUCUACUACCUCCUUCGUCUACCACUCAAACAUCAUGGCCAUCGACGACGCACGGCUCGCCGCGGCUGCUAAAGCCGACUCACUCCAAAAGAAGGGAGAAGCCCUCAAGCAGGGUGGGGAGCAGGAGGGGGACGAGGCCGUACCGUCGUACGAAGCUGCUACUGCUUCGGGCCCCAGCUCAGCAGAGAGAACUGGCAACGUGCAUGGAGCUCCCGUCGCAACAUCCGUGUACCCAUUCCCCUCACGUGAGGGCUCUGCACCGUCGGCAGGCGUAGCUUCGGGUGGUGUACCUUACGGACAGUCGCCCUACCAGCCGCACGGAACGCUCCGGAUCGCCAUCGUCCCUUCCCAGAGCCAGCUCCCGACUCACAUCAUUCAGCUUGACCCACACGACAAUUAUACCCGUCGCGCCCGCUCGAGAUUCUGCUCGGCCUUUUUCUUUGCCAUUGUCCUUUAUGCGAUCCUGUCCAUGAGCAUCUCGGCGGUCUGGUAUGAAAAUGAAGGUCCAGGCUCGAUUCCCCGACAUGGCGGUCAAAGGCAUCGGCACGAUGGGAAGUCGCCUUCCUGGAACACGCAUACUGGAAACGAAUGGGCGCUUGGUCCUGGUGCCGCUCCAAGGUCAGUUUGAAGAGGAAGGACUGUCGACAGCAUCGUAAGAAAAGGCAGAGAUUGACAAUCCUUGUUCAGAUUCGCCUUAUCGAGUUGGCCGACAUCCACCCCGCACGCGAACUCAGCCAUUGACGUCGUGCCUUCGUCUACAGAGGAUGAAAAAGUCUUCGCCUCGCAGUAGUUAUCAUUGCCAAAUGAUCAACUAGCUCGUUGGUUGCAUCUUCUUCUGUUUCUAUCAUCCGAACCACUAAUCUACGAUCUUUGUAAUUGCUUCUGUUCUGAUUGUCUUCAUUGAGCAUUUGAGGAUUGGCAGAGAAAUCGAA